ACUGAACGUUGCCGGGGUGACACGCCACAACUCCCGCCAUCCUCUGCGACUUGAAAUAGAGGCGUGGUCGCAGAACGAGGUACGCUACGUUCAGUCGGUGUUGCCGUCAGAAGAGAUAGGCUGUGUGUAUAUUAUUGAACCGGAGCACGGAGUAUAUACAUUCGCUGGACGAACUGUAACAACUCAGGUCUGACAGUUUCCACAACAACCAUGAGAGGACUGUUCCUGGUUUGUGUUGCAGCAAUGCUGCUUCCGUCUGUCAAAGGCAAUCGAUCGGGUGCCAAUGUUGGGGCAUGUAUCAGUAUGGUACCAAGUGGACAUGGGGGAAGUACCCAAGCCUUUCCAUCUCCCUUCACAAUAAAACCGGCUUCUACUUCCUACACCCCUGGCAAUCAGAUUAAUGUGGUACUGGCAGGUGUGUGUGGGCGGCAGUUCAAGGGCUUCCUCCUGCAGGCAAGACUAGCUUCUGGUCCUACUACAUCUUCAGGAUUAGGAACGUUUGCUGCAACUGACAGCAAUGCUAAAACAUGGUGUCCAGCUAAUCCAUCCAUUACUCAUGUCAACAAUGAUCUGAAAAGUUCAAUAACAGUCACUUGGACUGCCCCAUCUUCAGCUCAAGGAGAUAUUGUAUUUGUAACAACAUUUGUUGAGAGCUUUUCCACCUACUGGGUUCAACAGACAUCUGUGGUGAUUCGUGACGAAUCCCUGACCAACCCUCCCCCAAACUAUCCUGGUGUCCCCUCCUCGGUGUUAGAUGCGUCAUCAUGUGCCUCCACAACACCGGCACCUCCCACAACAAAGGCUCCGGAACCUGGACGCUUUCCAAAAGAUUCUUCUUGCCGUAGCACACGAGGCUGUUUCCAUGACUGUGACAGCACAGGCUGCACCUUCGUGGUCGGCUGGGAAGACAGCAGCGACCAUGUCAAGUUCUUCAUCAAGGCCAGCUUCCCCGGAGCAAGCAAUGCCUGGAUGGCUAUAGGUCUGUCUGACGACCAGAAGAUGGGUUCAGAUGGUGUAACAGAGUGCGUAAACUUCAAUGGUCAGAUGGCUGUCUUCAACUCCCAGAACACUGGCAGAAGCAACUCCAAGCUUCCAACUACUGAAGCAGGCCUACUGAGUGGUUCAAUCAUUAAUGGAGUGUUUUCCUGCUCUUUCAACCUCACCAAGCAGGGAACCCUUGACAACACUUUAUUUAGCUUGGUCAGAGAAAGAUAUCUGCUGCUUGCCAGGGGUACAGCUCUCUCAGCCAGCGCUAUAAGUAAACAUGAUGAGACUCCGUUUGUAACAACUAGAGCAGCCAACUUUCAGAGGUUUGAGGAGCUGACCAUUGGUGCCAUCCCACUCACACUCGUCAAGGCACAUGGCUCAUUGAUGGUGUUAGCCUGGAUAUUUGCUGCCAGCAUCGGUAUCGUCAUCGCUCGCUACUACAAGCCACAGUGGCCUGAGAGUUCAUGCCUUGGGGAGAAAGUGUGGUUCCAGCUUCAUCGUAGCUUCAUGGUGCUUGUGGUCUUGGCUGCCGUCACUGCAUUCAUCCUCAUCUUUGUGGAAGUGAAGGGCUGGAGUGAGCUCGGAGAAGAGGCUUCAAAGAAAGCUCACCCGAUUCUUGGUGUCAUUGUCACAGUUCUGGCAGUGCUGAAUCCAAUCAUGGCUCUGUUCCGACCCCACCCAAAUGAUGCCAACCGACCAAUCUUCAACUGGGCCCACUUCGGUGUGGGAACAGCUGCUCAUGUUCUUGCAGUGGUGACAGUUUUCCUGGGUGUAAACCUUGGCAAACCCGCAGUCCCCAGCUAUGUGACGUGGAUCCUGGUGGGCUAUGUUGUGUGGCAGGUCCUCAUUGAGUUCCUCCUCGUCUGCUUCAAGUGUCAGUCGGAGUCAAAAGAUCGCAGUGAAAAUUACGAGCUUGCGCAGAAGGGAAUGCCGGUCCAGCAACAGGCUCAGCCAGCAAAACAACAGGGUUCCUGUCUCCGACAGGGUCUACUCCUCCUCCACAUCGCUGUCAUCACUGCCAUCUCCACCGCCAUCAUCGUCCUCAUCGUCAUCUCCUAGACAGCACCGGGAUCCAGCCUCAAAGACAGUUCAGACAUAUCAUGGUCGCCAUGCUUAUAAGAUACUGAAUAGCAUGUCUGUUUUCUUACAAAUAAUAUGUUCUUUUCUAUCCUGGUAAAUAUUACAGUUAUUUAAAAGAGUUCUGUGAAAUAUGUCAAAUGGCAUAGCCAUGUGUCAAAUAUUAACUGCUGAGGGUGUAUUAGGUCAGUUUGUCUUGAAAUCAGACAGCUUAUGUUUUGUGUAGAAAUCCAUCCAUGUCAUGCUACUCCAAGAGCAUAAUGUCUGUACAGUUUGUCCCUUCGGAUAACAUCCACUGUGUCCGUAUGUGUUUGUGCAGAUGUCUGUUUGCCAUGUAUGAAUGGUGUUUAUAAACACCAAGAGGAGCCACUGAUGACAUAUCAUUUUCAAGCCAGACACAUUAAUUUUAGGGGAGAGGUGCCUGAUGUAGACUUUUCACCAGUGAAAAAUCAGAAUUAAUUAAAUUAGGUGUUUAGUUUUAAAGAUGCCUGUUGAGUAGAAAAUCCUGUUAUUUCUUUGAUUCUUCUUUACCCUUAUAUAAUAUAUAAUAUUCCAGAAUAAUUCAGGUGAACUCUGUUAUUGUAAAACAAAUUAUGUUAUGCCUUAUAUUAUUAUGUUCUGGCCUAAAUUUGGGUUUGCAUAGGAAAUUGCAUAAUCUUCUCCACAUGCAAUAUAUUGCAUAUGUUUUAUGUGAGAUACAUUCCUUUUAUCCACUUGUCCAAUAUUGAAUACACAUGGAUAUUGCCAUGUAUAAUGCCAUGUACAUAAGUAAGUGCCUGUUUUCUAUGUUGUCACCUCUGUAUUGUAUAAUUUGCAAGAAGAGAAUCAAAUACAUGUUUUAUAUUCUAUGUGUUCACAUUGGUCAAAUCUUUGUCACCUCUUUAGGUUUAGGUGCUGUUUCCCAUGGUCCUAAAGGUUCAUAUUCAAUUUACAAGUUAUUAUUCUAUGAAUGUUCCAUCAUGAUUUAUAAUGUUUUAAACUUGACCAUUAUUAUUCCUUUAUCUGAGGAACAUGUUAUUUGAUAUAUUUGCCAGUGUUCAGCAUAUGAAGGGUUAAUGUUUUGUUAUUGCUUACAAUGGUUAAUGCAUUAUUUAGGUCAUGUUCUCUUGACUCUUCCUAUAGGUCAACCACAGCCUUGGUCCUGGUGACAUUACAUUUUCAAACACCAUCGGAGAUUCGUGUUUUUUAUCUGCAUCUUGAAUCAAGAACACUGAGAAUGUUGCUUUUAUUCCUAUUUAAGAAACACAGAAAUGGAGAAAAGAUUGGGUAGAAAUUUAAACUUUUAUCAUAAGAUAUGUAUUUUUUUAUGUUUAAAAAGGAACUGUAAAAUAUAAAUAAAUAAAUUGCCUUUAAAAGUG